AUGGCUCCACAAAAAAGCCGCCUGGGAAUCUGCUUUCCUUCCGGAGUCCAGUUGGAAAGUGUCGAUAAUCCUGCGUCAUGGCGGCUGUGCCUUUGGAUGAAAGUCUUCGUUUCUCCUAAUAAUUCAUUCGCCCAUCCUCUAAUUCGAGUGACAAGUAGAAUUCUUUUACGACAUCGCAUUCGGCCUCUCGACUUUUCUUCUUGGAGGUCUUUGAAGGGAAGAAGAGCGAAGACGGCAAUGACCUUGACAUCAGCUGGAGAACCGUUAGCAGCUGACCUUCACCUCCCUAACCCGCACCGUUACUCCCACACCAGGUGGGACAUCUUGACGUCACUGGGUCUGAUGUAG